UGUGUUUUAUUUAAAGGUACAAGAAACCAGAGGAGCGUAGUCCUUUGAUAGCUGCAAUGCAACACUUUCUACCAGUUUUGAAGGAUAGUUUCAUUCAGCUCUUGAGUGAUCCAUCUGAUCAGUCUGUCCUCAUCCAGAAGCAAAUCUUCAAAAUAUUUUAUGCCCUUGUCCAGUACACGUUACCUUUGGAGUUGAUAAAUCAGCAAAACUUGACUGAAUGGAUAGAAAUCCUGAAGACUGUUGUUGAUAGAGAUGUACCAGCUGAAACUCUUCAAGUUGAUGAAGAUGACAGACCUGAGUUGCCUUGGUGGAAGUGCAAGAAGUGGGCUUUGCAUAUCUUAGCUAGACUUUUUGAGAGGUAUGGAAGCCCUGGCAAUGUUUCCAAGGAAUACAAUGAGUUUGCUGAAGUGUUCCUGAAGGCGUUUGCUGUUGGUGUUCAGCAAGUGUUGCUGAAGGUGUUGUAUCAAUACAAGGAAAAGCAGUACAUGGCUCCUAGAGUUCUGCAGCAAACACUGAACUACAUUAAUCAAGGAGUGUCACAUGCAGUCACCUGGAAGAAUUUGAAACCUCAUAUUCAAGGGAUUAUCCAAGAUGUGAUUUUUCCACUGAUGUGCUAUACAGAUGCUGAUGAGGAGCUUUGGCAAGAAGAUCCAUAUGAGUAUAUUCGCAUGAAAUUUGAUGUGUUUGAAGACUUCAUUUCACCAACAACUGCUGCUCAGACGUUAUUGUUUACAUCAUGUAGUAAAAGGAAAGAGGUCUUGCAAAAGACAAUGGGCUUUUGCUAUCAGAUCCUUACGGAGCCAAAUGCUGACCCUCGUAAGAAAGAUGGUGCUUUACAUAUGAUUGGUUCCUUAGCUGAAAUUCUUCUAAAAAAAAAAAUAUAUAAAGAUCAAAUGGAAUAUAUGUUGCAGAAUCAUGUGUUCCCUCUCUUCAGCAGUGAGCUGGGUUACAUGAGAGCACGGGCUUGUUGGGUUCUUCAUUAUUUUUGUGAAGUCAAAUUUAAGAGUGACCAGAAUCUCCAAACGGCUUUAGAACUCACAAGACGGUGUCUGAUAGAUGAUAGGGAAAUGCCUGUGAAAGUGGAAGCUGCAAUAGCGCUACAAGUUCUGAUCAGUAAUCAAGAGAAAGCUAAAGAAUAUAUCACCCCAUUUAUUAGGCCUGUAAUGCAAGCUUUACUUCAUAUUAUAAGAGAGACUGAAAAUGAUGAUCUUACUAAUGUGAUUCAGAAGAUGAUCUGUGAAUAUAGUGAAGAAGUUACCCCAAUUGCAGUAGAAAUGACACAGCACUUGGCAAUGACGUUUAACCAGGUGAUCCAGACUGGACCUGAUGAGGAAGGCAGUGAUGACAAAGCAGUGACAGCAAUGGGAAUUUUGAAUACUAUUGAUACACUUCUCAGCGUAGUUGAAGAUCACAAGGAAAUUACUCAGCAGCUGGAGGGGAUCUGCUUGCAAGUGAUUGGAACAGUUUUGCAGCAGCAUGUAUUAGAAUUCUACGAGGAAAUAUUUUCCUUGGCUCAUAGUUUGACCUGUCAACAAGUUUCUGCACAAAUGUGGCAGCUUCUUCCUCUUGUUUUUGAAGUCUUUCAGCAGGAUGGCUUUGAUUAUUUUACUGAUAUGAUGCCUCUCUUGCAUAAUUACGUUACUGUUGAUACAGAUACACUUCUAUCAGACACAAAAUACCUUGAAAUGAUCUACAGUAUGUGCAAGAAGGUAAGUAGAUGACUUUGUGAUCAUAAUCUGUGAUCUCUAAAGUAAUACAUAAUUCAGAUGGGUACUUUUUUCCACAACAGAAGACUUUAAAAGAGAGUCUUUCUGAUAUGUGCUCUUCAAACACUAUGCUCUUCUUUAGCAUCUUUUGUGAAUCUACAUGGUAUGAUGUUAUUGCUGAAAAAUACAGAGAUUACAUGAAAUUUUAGAUAUAUUAUACUUUUGCUAAAAGGGAAAAAUAAAAUGUAAACAACAAAAGCAGAUUAAACAA